AUGAUUGAACAGUCGUACUUUGGAGUAAUUCAAAUUUGUAAAGAUGAUUUCAAUUCUUGGCUACAGUAAAACUAGAAAUGAUAGUAAUAGCAGAGUAGUUUAUAGCACGCAUGGUGCAUGGAGUGCAUGGAGCGCAGAGCUUUAAGAGGCGCAAGAAGCUCCCCCUUUAGCUCCAUGCUACUCCAUGUGAUCCAUGCACUCCAUGCCAUGCGAGCUGUGGAACCUUAUAAGUUGCUCGGUAAUUAUAGUAAUAGUCAUGCUUAUAUAUGACACAGGGCCGGACGGCUCCCCCUCCUCCCCCCCCCUGUGGUCUGGUGUGUGGUGGCGCGCGCGCGCGCUUUUCCGCGCGGAUUUUUCGCGGAUUCUAGUGGUGAAAGGCGUCAAAACUUGGCGCGGGGGCGGGCCUCCCCUUGGGCCUCUCAGCGUGUUCCUAAGGGACCUGCUGGCCUCUGCUGACCCUCGCAGGCGGCAGGUCUCCAGGGUAAAAAAAGGCCGCCGAAGGCAAGAGCAAGCAACCCGAUGACCAAGGGCCCGGGGGGUACAGGCGGCACGGCGCAGGGGGUCCAGGCCCUCGCCUCUUGCCGCCUUCGGAGGCUUUCCGCGGCCGGCGCACUGCUGCGGCGGCGAAGCCUGACGGAUGCACUUAGGGCACAGGCAGGCACCUGGACGGGGGCGCAGGCGGUCCCUUGGGCCCCUUUUGAAGCCCCCCGCGAUCAUCGGAGGCCCCUAGGGAGGAGCCAGGCAGCUGGACGGGAGCGGAGGAGGGAGGUCAGUGGGCCCCCUUUUCUUUGAGGCCUUCCACCCCAGGCAGACGCCUCAAAAAGGGGGACAGGGCGCACGGCCCCCCCCCGGUAGGGGGGGCUUCACGUUUAGCGCUUCGACAGGUGGAGCAAGUCAGUACACCUGCAGGGGCGCGUCCUGGAACAUAUAUUUAUAAUAACUAUCUCGUCAUGGUCAUUUGUGUUUGUCCGCUUGACGAGUGUCACUGCCAUGAUUUGCGACGUGGCCACAAGAAGAUAUUUUGGAAGAACGAUAACAAGGUGCAGGUGGUCACUCGUCCGAUACCCUUGUCAAUAA